UUGAUGUACCGCGUACUAACGCCAGUUGGAUGUUACGGCUAGCAUCCAACACGUCUCAAACCGAAUCCGAGUGCCAAGUCUGUUCGACGCGGUGGCGUGUGACGGUGUUCUUCACCUACGAAUUGGUCUAAGUUUUUUUUAACACGAGUUGUAGACCACCAUGGUAACAAAAAUCGAAAACGAAAGUCCCAUCCUGCAAUGGUACACCGGCAAAUCUAUCUUCAUAACCGGAGCCACCGGCUUCAUGGGCAAGGUCCUGCUGGAAAAACUCCUCUACACUUGCACCGGCGUCAAAAACAUCUACAUCCUCAUCCGCAGCAAGCGAGGAAAAAAUCCAGAAACACGUAUCCAGGAAAUGUGGUCCCUGCCUCUAUUUGAGCGUCUGAGAGCAUCUCAGCCUUACGCAAUCAACAAAAUCAUCCCGGUAAUUGGCGACUUGAGCUCGGAAGGUCUAGGUCUCAACCAGCAGGAUCUCGACCUCCUGGUGAACAACGUCAACGUGGUGUUUCACUGCGCCGCGAGUCUUAAGCUGGAGGCCACGUUGAAGGACGCCAUCGAGCAGAACACGGCGGGUACGGGUAGGGUCAUCGACGUGGUGAAGAAAAUCCAGAAUUUGGACGUGUUCGUAUACUUCAGCACCGCUUUUUGCUCAGCGGAUAUAGACGUUUUUGAGGAGAGGAUCUACGACUGCCACGAAAACCCCCGUGACGUCAUCGAAGUAGCCCGCUGGAUGAGAGAUGACGCUUUAAAAAUAGCCACCCAAUCCGUCAUAGCCCCCCAUCCUAACACCUACACCUACAGUAAAAGAUUGGCGGAGAAAAUGGUCGCUGACGAGGUCGACAACAUCCCCGUAUGCAUAGUACGACCUUCCGUGGUGACUCCCGCAAUGUUGGAACCUUUACCCGGAUGGGUGGACAGUCUUAACGGCCCCAUGGGACUCCUGGUAGGGGGCGGCAAAGGCGUCAUCCGUUCCAUGUACGCUAAAGCUGAGAACAACGCGCAAGUGGUACCUGUGGACAUCGCGAUUAACGCCACUAUUGUGAUAGCGCAGAGGAUAGGUUCGAGAACUGAAAAGACGAAUAAAGUCCCUGUUUAUAACCUGACCCAAGACGACUGCCUCCCGAUCACCAUGGGCGAGAUCCUCAACAAGGGCAGACAGGCCGUCUACGAGAACCCUUUCGAAAUGCAAAUUUGGUACCCAGACGGCGACAUCCGCUCGUCCUAUCUAGUCCACAAAAUUUACUGCAUUUUGUUGCACUGGCUUCCGGCUUACUUCAUCGAUUUCCUGCUGCUUCUCUUCAGAUAUCCACGAUUUAUGGUGCGGCUGCAAGGAAAAGUCCACGACGGGCUGGAGCUGCUGCAGUUCUUCACAGUGCGUCAGUGGAAGUUCAAAAACGAGAAGUUCGUGGGGCUGACGCACGACAUGACGCAGGAGGAGAUCGCGACGUUCCAGAUGGACUUCCAUGCGGUACCGCUGGACCAUUACAUGACGACGUGCGUGCUAGGGGCUAGGCAGUACCUGAUGAAAGAAGACCUGUCGACUCUGCCGAGGUGCAGGAGGAAGCAGAAGUUUUUAUACGUGAUUCAUAAGGUUGUCGUGUUCUGUCUAUACACUUGCUUGAUUUGGUUGGCUGUCACGACGCUACCCAAGGUGAAAAUCAUGUUUGACGUGGCCGGGAGUUUUAUACAUAAGUUGGGGCACGGACCCAUAUCUACCAAGUAAACUUGGUCGUUGGUACACGACUUUUUACAACUGUUGGGUUCAGGGGUGAUGUAAAUGUUACGUAUUUUUAAGUAUUGUGUAUGCGUUAAAUGUUGUUACAAUGUAUGAGAAUUAAAUAAUAAAAUGUCAUCUUGCCACUUU